UCACACAGCAGAAGCAGUAGAGAUGAUCGCGCUGGACCCCGGAAGUGUCUGUAACCCUCAUUAUUAUUUAACACCCAUACAAUCAUUUACAUGAAAUUAUUUCUUAAAUGUUUAUCGCUCAUCUGGAAAUCACAGUCUGUGGAUAAAAUUAGAUUCUGGAGGCGUUUCUGCAGGAACCAGACUGUGGAUGCCUUUAAGUUUAGACCCUACAGGGUUUAAGAUGAUGUCACUGUGAGGGUCAUUUUACACGGUCAGAAUGCAGUCUUCAGGACAUCGGUUGAGGGAUGUGGAGCAGCAUCAGCCUCUUAUCAGCGGAGGAGAAGAGGAGGUGGUGUCCGACCGCGUCUGGUUCAUUCAGGACAGCUGUGGGAUGGUGUGCGCCUUCAUGACUUGGUCCCUGGUGAUGUACGCCGAGUUUGUGGUGAAUUUUGUCAUGCUGCUCCCUUCCAAAAGCUUCUGGUACUCUCUCAUCAACGGCGUGGCCUUCAACUUCCUAGCCGUGCUGGCACUGACGUCACACCUGCGCACCAUGCUAACAGAUCCGGGAGCUGUUCCUAAGGGUAACGCCACUAAAGAAUACAUGGAGAGUUUGCAGCUGAAGCCGGGUGAGGUCAUCUAUAAAUGUCCCAAAUGCUGCAGCAUUAAACCAGAGCGAGCUCAUCACUGCAGUAUCUGUAAAAGAUGCAUCAGGAAGAUGGAUCAUCACUGUCCGUGGGUCAACAACUGUGUGGGUGAAAACAACCAGCGAUUCUUCGUCCUCUUCACUAUGUACAUUGCCACCAUUUCUUUGCAUGCGCUCUGUCUCAGUGGUUUCCACUUCUUCACCUGUGUUAAAGUCCAGUGGAAUGAGUGCAGUGAUUUUUCUCCACCUGUGGCUGUGAUGCUGAUGAUUUUCUUGUGUUUGGAAGCACUGCUGUUUCUCACCUUCACCGCUGUGAUGUUUGGUACUCAGAUUCACUCCAUCUGUAAUGAUGAGACGGAAAUCGAGAGGUUGAAGAAUGAAAAGCCCACGUGGGAGCGGCGUGUGCGAUGGGAGGGAAUGAAGAUCGUUUUCGGCGGCCCGCCUUCUUUGCUGUGGUUUAAUCCUUUCACUGGACUCCGCCUCCGACGCCUGCUCAUGGUCCGCGCUCGAAAGAGCGGGGCAGAGUUUUCUGUUUGAGGGAGGAAUGCUGUCUAUAAAAGGGGCGCUUGUACGCUUUUAAACUCGCUGACAGGAGUAUACCCUUAAUGCUGUUGCAGGAUUGAUGGUACUUCAACCUAAACCUGUAAAAUAUAAGUGACGUUGCCCCUGGAACAGUUUGAGGAUACAAUUCAGACACGGCCCGUCUGUGCCCACACGUUAUUACCUCGUAAGACGGAUCGUGUUAUGCUCACAUUGUCUUCAUGAACGUGCAUCACUCAUGGAUUUAAUAUUUUUAAGUGGACAGCUUUUGGUUGAUGAGCGAAACAAACUUGGAAAUAUGAAACGUUAGAAGAAUGUCAAUAUCAAAAGAAAUCAUAAAUCAUGUUAUUAUGUCUUGCUGAAUUGUAGAAACAUAGUAGCUUUGUUUAACAAGUAAUCUAUAAACAGAGACACUAUUUGAGAUGUUAACAAGCGAUGGUAGAUCUUAAACCAAACAGAAAUUUGCAAGGGAAUGUGUUUGCCAAAAUUAACGUAAAUUGGGUGAAUCUCUUAGUAACAUUUAAAUGUUAAGGGUCAGAUUUUACCCCCAAAUCAAAAGAGAAUAAGUCAAGAGAGGCUCUUUAAGACCAUUAGGAUGUCUUUUGCAUUGUUAACAUUGCAAAAUUAUUCUAGACUGCAAAAAAAUGAUUUUUAAGAAAAAAAAUGUAUUUUUGUCUUGUUUUUUAGUAAAAAUAUAUAAAAAAUUCUUAAAUUAAGAUGAAUUUUCUUGAUGAGCAAAACGACCCAAGA